AUAGGCCGCGUACCGGAAGCAGUGCCGUGGGUUUCCGGUGCGUGUGUCUGCCUGCUGGAAGAUGGCGGCGCGAGGGUUCCAGACAAUGAGCCCGGGUGCGGCGGCUGCUGCCGCUAUGGCAGCGGGUCCUGGGCCUGGACAAGGACAGGGGCAGGGACAGGCCCCAGGCAGGAUAGCAGGCGCUCAGCAGCAGAACAUGUUCCGCUCGGCCAUGCCGGGUCAGGGAUACCCGCGGCCAGGGAUGCCUCCAGGCAGCCGCAUGCCACCUCAAGGUGCUUCAAUGGGUCCGCCGGGUCCUUCGUAUGGUGGGAGUCCGGCAGUGCGACCAGGCAUGCCUCAGUCGAUGAUGGACCAGUCUCGCAAACGGCCAGCUCCUCAGCAGAUUCAACAGGUGCAGCAACAAGCAGCCCAGAACCGCAAUCACAAUGCGAAGAAGAAGAAAAUGGCAGAUAAAAUUCUACCUCAGAGGAUUCGGGAGCUUGUGCCAGAGUCUCAAGCCUACAUGGAUUUGCUGGCAUUUGAGAGGAAGCUCGACCAGACUAUAAUGAGAAAACGCCUGGACAUUCAGGAAGCAUUGAAAAGGCCAAUAAAGCAAAAGCGAAAGCUUCGUAUAUUUAUUUCUAAUACAUUCAACCCCGCAAAACCUGACGCAGAAGAUGGAGAAGGAACUGUGGCAUCCUGGGAGCUUCGGGUAGAAGGCAGGCUUCUCGAAGAUUCUGCUGUAUCGAAGUAUGAUGCUACUAAACAGAAGCGGAAGUUUUCCUCAUUCUUCAAAUCCCUUGUGAUUGAGCUGGAUAAGGACCUCUAUGGGCCUGACAACCACCUGGUUGAGUGGCACAGAACAGCCACAACCCAAGAGACUGAUGGCUUCCAGGUGAAAAGACCAGGAGAUGUGAACGUGCGCUGCACAGUGUUGCUGAUGCUGGAUUACCAGCCACCCCAGUUUAAACUGGAUCCCCGACUGGCACGUCUGCUGGGCAUCCACACUCAGACUAGGCCUGUGAUCAUCCAGGCUCUCUGGCAGUACAUUAAAACUCACAAGCUGCAGGACUCCCAUGAGCGGGAGUUCAUCAACUGUGACAAAUACCUCCAGCAGAUCUUUGAGUGUCAGCGAAUGAAGUUCUCAGAAAUUCCUCAGAGACUACAUGCUCUGCUGAUGCCACCUGAGCCCAUCAUCAUCAACCAUAUUAUCAGUGUGGACCCAAAUGAUCAGAAGAAGACUGCUUGUUACGAUAUUGAUGUAGAAGUGGAUGACACACUAAAGACUCAGAUGAAUUCCUUUCUUCUUUCUACUGCUAGCCAGCAGGAAAUUGCUGCUCUUGAUAAUAAGAUCCAUGAAACAAUAGAGACCAUUAACCAACUCAAGACACAGAGGGAGUUCAUGCUGAGUUUUGCCAGAGAUCCACAGGGCUUCAUCAAUGACUGGCUGCAGUCCCAGUGUCGUGACCUGAAGUCUAUGACUGAUGUGGUAGGAAACCCGGAGGAGGAGCGCAGAGCAGAGUUCUACUUCCAGCCCUGGGCUCAAGAAGCUGUCUGCAGAUACUUCUAUUCUAAGGUGCAGCAGAGAAGACAGGAGCUCGAACAAGCCCUCGGCAUCCGUAAUACAUAAGAGAUCUGUGUGGCCUCGUCCCAUGAGUGGCAACAGGUUGACACGAGAUGUCUGGGUUCAAGGUUGAACGCAGUUUUAUAAGUGCACAAAGAUUUCCGUUACAGUGUACAAACUGUAAAACUACAUGCAUCACUUGCACAAAAUAAAUCACCGCAUAGCCCUUGUACUCCUGAAGUGUUCUUUGCUACCUUUUAGUACAACUGACACGUUCCCUUUAUAAAACAGCAUAGGAUUAGAAAAUAAAGUUAGCUUAUAUCGGCAUUUGGGGAAGUAUAAGCCACACGUGGUGACCUCAGUAACUAUGUAAAAUGGUAUAUAAAUGACCUAGUCGUACUAUUAAUAGUGACACAUUAGCAAAAUAGAUCUCUGACAGAUUUAAUGUUAUACUUGCUUACUUUGCUGCAUUUUUUUUGUAAGUGGCUUUGUGUUGAAAGUGGCAAGUAUUUUGACCACAAACUGUGAUUCCAGCUACCUUCUUCAACAUAUGCUUCUUUUUAGCAAUGGCGUGUUCCUUAAUACCAGUGAGCCAGUGGUAUACUUGCAGCAGUAUUGGUACCUGCAUGAAAACGGGUCAGCGCUUCUUUACCCCUUCAUGUCAGGGCUAAAUUAUGCCACUUGCCAACUGUUAGGGGGCCAUGCUAGGUUGCAGCAUUUAAAAAUCCAAAAAAUCACUAGCUUGCAAGUAACAUAGACUUAUUAAUCCUUCGACCUCCAAUGUAUUCUUCCUCGGUCUUGUUUAUUCUGAAGGCGGAUUCUAAUUUAGACCGAAAGAUUUCUUUCCUAGUUUCAUUUUCUCUGGUUUGAAUUUCAUCUCGUUAGUAUUUGACAAGUAAGAAGUUACACGAGUUUAAAAUAAGUUUUACUCUCAAAUUAAUGAAUGACUUUAAAAAUCACUCCAGUGCUGCUUUAUACAACUGGGUCGAAUGUAUUUUGUGUUUUUCUUUAUUCCUCCUGACUCCUAUCAGAAGUUUCAAGGCCAGAAAUGAAGGGAUAAUUUUGUCUGGCUUUAGAUAAGAAAGCUGUUGUGUACAACUCCAAUCUAAAGGUGGCCAUCUAGCUAUAGUUGCUUUAUCUGAUGCAUUGAUAAAGGUAUUGCAUACGAUCCCUUGUUCAUAUAUCGUUCAAUUCUUUAAUUUAAAGAUUUGUGUGUGCUGUACCCUAAACAUCACCCUUAUGCUUUGCAUUAGUCUUAAUAGAACUCAGUACAAUUCUACUGAAUGGUCGUGGUAAUUGUGACAAGCUGGUGAUGUUAAGGAACUUUUCAAAGCACACUUCAAUCUUAAUUAAGGCACUAAAUGGUCAGUCAACUUUUGUCCUUGCCAUGUAACCUUUUACCUCUGUGCACAUGUAUGUAAGUCCAUGUAGCAGUGAUUGAAGCCUAAUCCGAUAGUUGUACAAACUGCAACAGUUGGACUAAGUUUUGGAAGAGCGCAGCUUCAUAGGAGUCAAUAUUUUGUAGUGAUUUAAAAGUUAAUUAGUUUGAAAAAGUGAAGGGAUGACAAACUGAUACACAACCAUUCUUGGUCUUUGCAGCAACAUUGUAGCAGCUUAUGCUGAUCCAUGUGUGAUCCCUCUUUCAUGUGAGCCACAUGCUAUUGUAUUAGCCAAGUUUAACUUUGUGACAUUGAAAUAAGUUUCUUCACUUAAGCCCAUUAUAACUCAAUUCUACCAUUCAACUUGGAAAGAGUUGAUGCCAUCCCCCAAAGUUGGAUAAACCGGGUUUCCGCAGCUUGCUAUUUAGAAGAAAUGAAGUGCAAGGAUAAAUUGUACAAAUCCCCAAAGUUUGAACAAAUGGAUGUGUGCACUUUGACAUUUAAUUUUCAGCGAUCGAUCGUGCACUAUCCACCUUAGCAGACGGCACUCUAAUGUCCUUUGUAGCUGCAUAGCCGAUUGACAUUUAUUAUCCUACUCUCAGAUAGAGUGACUAGCUGAGUGAGAUACUGGAAGGUGAAUGGUGCCAGGAGGUGGCUGAAAAAAGUGGAUCUAAAUUUUAAAAGAGUGAUUUGUGCAGGAAAUCAAAAUGGGAAUGGGACAGAGUUGUUCUACCUUCCCAUGACACCCGGUGUUUUAUUUUUGCACUGUAAGCUGAAAAGCCCACACGUUUUUAAUCCUUGUUGAUCUGGCUGCCGUCUUAGAAGUUUCUUCAUUUUAAAAUCCAUAUCCCAAGUGAAUUAUUCAUCCCCGUCCCCCCCAAGAGAAUCUUUUUGUUUCAAAUAAAAAUGUCCCUAAUGCCGAGGUGCCUCAGUGGGUAAGCGUACCCUAUGAUAUGAUACUUAAGCCAUGCAUGAACAGGGAAGUCCCAAGUUCACUUGGUAAUUUGCUCUGAGUUGGCCAGUUUUAGCUGGGACAGGAUUGGGGUCUGACAAUUGGCCUCAGGCUGGAGAGUGAAAAGAAUUAGCCAGAGUUCCCACUCCUAAUCACUGCCUGGCCACUUCAGGAAAGUGCACAAGUGUGGAUAUCCACCAUAGACCCAACAAUUCUUGUGGUUCUCCAUCAUUGUUCAGCAUCUAGGCUGGCUUGUGGGUAGUUGCUUUGAGCAAGUUUGGGGGAUGAGGGGGAGUGGGGGAGAUUGCCACUCCUCAUGAAACCAUAAGAUUAGGAGAUGAAUGGUUUGGAGGAGGCAGAUCUUCUAAAAUGUCAUUGGGUGGAAUAUGAGAGCAAUAGCAAAUGGCUUUCUCCAUCAGUAAUUGACAGCUGAGCUUUACACCUGAAAAUAGAUCAGUUACAUUUCCUGUGACUUUAAAAAUUGUACUGCUAUUAAAUGCAUAAGCUGAAGCCACUUAUCUAACGUUUGAAGUGGUCGCUGUGUGUUUAAUAGCAUAAGCUUGAUCUGUAUUGCCAGGUGAUCUCGGGGUCUAUUUUAUUCCAGGUCGCCACCUCUCCCAAAUGUGGAAGAAACAUUGUGAAGGUAAUUGGGUUUCAAGCUCUUCCUUGCCUUCUCUUUCCAAGUAUGGUAUGACUGUGGUUAGGAUGGGAGUAGUCACUAACAGAUGCUGUAUUUAGACAGUUGAACCUCUGCAGUUAUUGCUGCAAUAAACUGUAUUUUUACUGAGUAGUAUUUUGAGGGACCAGACUUUUGUACUGUACGCUUGAAUGUGUCACUCAGUUUUAAUAAAACCUUCAAUACAGAA